CACACCUAUCGUCAUCUCUUCCAAGAACCCUUCACCAACACAGAGCUCUCUGUAUUAGUUUUAUCUUUACGUCUUGUUAUCUUUUCUCACCUCCAGACCCGUGGCACAAACGCCUGAUAAACAACAGUGCCGCCAGCGUCAGCAUCAUGAACGGCAACAUGUCUUAAGACGUGUAACGUAAAUUUGACAGAGCUUCUAGUAUUUAGUUUGUGUACUAUUUUUUAACGAUGCACGUGUGUUAUGUGUAGAAAAAUAUAAUAUUUUAUAUGUAGAAAAAUCCAGGGAUAUUGUACAACAGUGAGCGGAUGCGUAUGUGUGAUUCUUUUCCGGCUGAAGCGGAAGCGAAGCCUCUCAAGUUACCAGACAUACGUGGGGGGCAUCCCAGUAGAGACCUGACAGGUACUCGGUCAGACAGCGCACAGCCUGUUUCCAAGCCACUGAUGGGGAUUACAUGUCUUCAGGGUAUGGCUUCGACACAAGACCGUGCCUCGGUAGAUUCUCGUCCCUGCCUGCCGGACCUGCCUCACGCCACUCAAUGGGGUAAACUUCACACAAAGCACCUGUACACCCACAACGACGCUAAAUAUUCUUGCGACAAAGAAUCCGAGGAGCUUAGUCUCCCUCCAAUAUUUGGCCAUGGGAUCAAACAUCAGAAGGCCGAAAAUCGGGAGGAAAGAAAUAAAGCUAAGAAAUGACUCUAUUCAAACUUUUCAGCAUAAACUAUAAGUUCUAUCGGUGUCUGUUAGGAAUACGCUGUGUGAGUUUAUACAUGUAAUAUUGGACCUGAAAUUACGCUUCACAUCGAUCAAAAAUGCUCUGUGCGAAUGCAAUUGGUGAUUGUCUGUGAAUUCAUCGGACGCACAGGAUAGAAGGAUUAAAAAAAACUAAAAAAAUCUGAGUAGUAUGGCGUCGUUCACAAGACCGAGUAUGGAUUUUUUUCUUUUUGGCCUCCCUCGAAUAUCAUCUUCGGUGCGGUAUGCAAGGUGUCCACGAGAGAAGACGACAUUUGACCCGAUGCUGGUCAGCACGUGACUGCAGAAGAUACAGAGACAGAGAACGCCAUUCUUAUAGCGACGUACAUUAUCUUCAACCUUAACCGAGAUGUCGCUCCGAUAUUUUGCUGCAGUAAAUAUUAACACCUUUUGAUUUUGUCUGUGAUAAGAUAUCACUCUCUUACAAUGAUAAUUAACACGCACAGGCAAAAUACGGUUUUAGGAGUUAUUUAAGUUUUAGAAUAUAUUUUUGAAAAGAGAAAUAAAUAAUAUGUAUUUUAAAUUAUUACUCUGUCUUCGUUAAAUACACAACACCAAACUUA